AUAAAUAAUACAGAGAGAUCCCAUAGACCUAUUAUUGAGUUUUCCCCAAGUUUAGUUUCCUGCAAUAUUCUCACAUGUGGAUGUGUGUGACUAUCAUCAACCAAGAUACAGAACAGUUCCGUCACACGGGGCCCUCUUACAGCCACAGCCACUUCCCUUGCCUGUAUGAUUUUGCCCAGCCUUUUAGUUCCACCUUUUUCUGAGUCACUGUUUCAGAUGUAUCUCAAAGCAACACCCAAUGUACUUGGGGUUUGCUUUCUGAGCCAAUAUGAGUGUCCUUUCCUUGUAAGACCGUAUUUUUACCCUAUCUAUAAUUAUGAAAAAUGCAGAAACUAGUUGGUCCUGAACAUUUAUUGAGCUAGGCAUUUUACUAGCUAUUUUACUUAUCUGUAGGUUAUUUCUCAUUAUCUCAAACUAUUUCUCUUAUCUGAGAAGGGAAACGUACAAUGGUGUCUUAAACGCCUUGAGAUCCCGGGUCAGGUAAGUGAUAGAAAGGGGCUUUGGAUCGACCUUCCCUUACUAUCUCCAUACUCAUGAGAAGGCCUGUUUUCUCCCCUAGAAAGGUGGUACAGCGUCUCUUCCCAGCCAGAACACCUGCCAUUCUGAACAUGAGGAGGAUCAGAGACAUGCUUUUGAAUACCACAGAAGCAGAGACAUCUCCAGACCAAGAAAAUCAUUUGACUCCCGAGGACACAGAUUUGGUGCCACAGAGGCUGCUGGACAACCAGGCAGAGCAAGAAUACGAGGCUGGUAUUGGUUUGCAAAGGGACCAGGAUGACACUUUUCUGUGUGAAGACGUGGAGCUACAAGAUGAUCUGUCCCCCGAAGAAAAAAUAUUUUUGAGAGAAUUUCCCAGAAUGAGAGAAGAUCUAAAAGGGAGCAUUGAUCAGCUCCGUGCCCUCGCAGAGGAUAUUGACAAAACCCACAAGAAAUUCACCAAGACUAAGUUGGUGGCCAACUCCACUGCUGUCGUCUCUGGGGUGGUGAGCCUCCUGGGUUUAGCCCUUGCCCCAGUGACAGGAGGAGGAAGCCUGCUACUCUCCACCGCUGGUCAAGGUUUGGGGGCAGCAGCUAUGGUCACCAGCAUUGUGAGCGAUAAGCUGGAGCACUCCCAAAAUCAGAAAGCCCAAGCUCAGGCUGAAGACAUACUGCCCACCCAUGACCAGGAGGACAGGGAAGCUGAGGAAGAGAGGACAGACUAUGUCAGGGCCACUGUAAAGAUUAUCGCUAAUGUUGUCAACACCGUGAGGAACACCAGAAAAAACGUCCGUGCAUUUCAGAAAGUCAGAGCCAACCCACGCUUGGCCAAUGCCGCCAAGCGUCUUCUGACCACUGGCAGAGCCUUUUCCCGGAGCACCGAACAGGCGCAAAAGGUCUUUGCAGGGACAACGCUGGCAAUGACCAAAAGUGCUCGCAUGCUGAGAGGUACGGUAGCCGCCUUCUCCCUUGGCUUUGACUUGGCCGCUUUCUCAAAAGAAUGGAAGCACCUGAAGGAAGGAGCCAGGACAAAGUUCGCGGAAGAGUUGAGAGCCAAGGCCUCGGAGCUGGAGAGGGACCUCACAGAACUCACCCAGUGCUACCAGAACUUGCAGCAGAAAGUGAGGUGACCUAGAAGCUCCCUUCCUGGCUUCCAGUCUUCUUAUCAUCACUUCAAGUUGUCCCGCCUUUCCAAACUCAACCAAUGUACUUCUUACAUAUAUUGAUUGAUGCCUUAUGUCUCCCUAAAAUGUAUAAAACCAAACUAUGCCCCGACCACCUUGGCCACAUGUCAUCAGGACUUCCUGACGCAGUGUCACAGGUGUGUCCUCAACCUUGGCAAAAUAAACUUUCUAAAUUAAUUGACACCUGUCUCGUAUUUUCUGGGAUCGCAUUUUGGAAACCAUGAAUGGAUUCUGAGUGGAGAUGCCCCUGACCCUUGACAAAUCUAUCAGUGCUUGGUGCCAGCAUGAGCUAACUUUAUGGCUCAAACCAAUAGGACAAUUUGUUGAAGUCUGAGAGGAUUCCCUCCAGAAAAUCCCUGAUUUCUUAAAAUCUGGUAGAGAUCUAAAGUUUAUUUUGCUGUGCGACUCCUCUUUUUUUGGAGUUUUACUUGCUCCCAACAAGGAAGGCAAGUUUUCCUGCUUUCAUGAUGAUGGAAGACAGGUGAUUUUAAUGGAGUUUGAACUCGCUUCCAGUGGGUUUUUUUUUUUUUUUCUUCCGGCUUCUAGGAUGGUGGAGGGCAGUCUACAGCCUGAGACCCAUCACUUUCGGACCCUAGACCCAAACUAGGUAAGAAACUGUUUUGGGAUUCUGUCUUGCAAAUUCUUUUUAAAUGACUAAAUUUAGCAUUUAACAACCAGCUGGUGUUCAUUUCUGCUUACACUUAGAGCACUCAGAAAUUGUAUACUUUGUGUGAUCCUUGUUAGUUUUGCUUAACUGUUUUGUUGUUUGCUUCUGUCUUGGUCAAAUCCAAAGGGGAACCCUAAAUUAUGGGGAACGAGACCUCUGAAGUGGGAGGAAAACAGCCGGCUUAAAAAAAAAAAAAGAAAAUAUUUUUAAUUUUAAUUACUAUAGGGGUUCUAUUUGCAUAACAAGGCCACCUUUUGGAGCCAGACCAAACUGAAAGACCAGUGGCUGAAAGAGCAAAUGCUGAAAUGGCAACAUUUUGUCCUAGCUGAGAUACGGUAAUAAGAUUUUUUACAAAGUUUUUUAAGGAGCUCAAUGGUGAAAAGUCUGCUUAAUUAAAGCUCUAACAUCCAAGACGUGUGUGCGCAUGUUUGUGUUUGAAAAGCCUGCACGUUUUUGUUUUUUGUUUGUUUUUCUCUUCUAAGACCUUGUCUUUUUUUUUUUGUAGCAAGUUUUUUUUUCCUUUACUUCUCAGUUGACUGAAUUGUGUUUUCACCAGAUUUUCUGACUAACACAGUUAUUGCAACAGAGGUUACUCUUGGGUUAAGGAAGAAUGUAGUUUAAUUUUACGUUUAAUUUGGCUCAAAGAAAAACAAAAGCAUCCCCCUCUACCACCACCAGACUUUUUCUUUCUGAACCUUAUAAUGUAAAUUUGGCUAUUUGAUUUUCACCUGGGUUGUUUCCUUUAAUGUGCAAAUUUAAGGCUAUUUAGCUGACACCUGCCUAAUGUUGUAAAACAGGUUAUCAAGAAUCUGGAAGUCUAAGAUAGGGAAAAAAGGGGAGGGGCUUUAUACAUAAAUGCACUUUCUUGGCAUGCCUAAUAUGUCCUUAUAUGUAUCUAUGUGUUGUGUACACAAUAUUUUAGUACUAAAAAUACAUGAAAGAGCUCUAAUUGGCUUAAAGAAAAAUAAACAUGCUUAAAUCAGUUAGAAAAGAUUAGUCAAAUGCUUUUCAAGUUUCUGUAACUUAAGUGAAAUCUUUAAUAAAUAAACUAGCUUUAAAAUUAUUGGUAAAGUAA